UUGAUUUUUUUGCAUUUUAGAAAUGAAGCCGAUGUCGGUAUGGGUAUAAAGAAAUCCGGAUUCAAUCGAGAAGAUGUAUUUGUUGUCACCAAGUUAUGGGAUAAUGGAUACAGUCGGUGUAAGAAAAUAUUCAACCGUACCUUAAAAAUGCUUGAUUUACAGUACGUAGAUCUGUAUUUGAUUCAUUCACCAAGCAGUGGUCAAGUAGUGGAAACAUACAAAGCUAUGCUAGAGUUGAAACAGGAAGGCCUGGUCAGAUCAGUAGGUGUUUCUAACUUUGGGGUUCAACAUUUGGAAGGUCUAGAAUCUGCUGGGCUUCCAACACCAUCAGUGAACCAGAUUGAACUGCAUCCAUGGCAACAGAAACAGGAAAUAGUAAAAUACUGUCGAGAGAAGGGAAUUACAGUAAUGGGAUAUUCUCCUCUGGUUAAAGGACAAAGAUUUGAUGAUCCUACACUGGUGAAAAUUGCUAACAAGUACAACAAAUCAACAGCACAAAUCCUUAUAAGAUGGAGUAUACAACAUGGGUUUAUUACAAUACCAAAAUCUAAAAAACCAAACCGAAUAGAUGAAAAUAUGAAAGUAUUUGAUUGGACUAUAGCAGAUGACGAUAUGGCUAUCUUAAAUAGUUUCCCAGACAAGUCUUGUACCUGGAAUCCUUGUAAAAUGCCCUGGACAGGAUGA